UCGGUUUUUGAAAGAAACAGUAGUCUCACUCCUCAUCUUUCUCACUUAUUAUUGGGUUGAUGUAUUUUUCUUAGUUGCUUUACGAUUACCGAAGACGCAAUUGGUGUGUGUAUUAACUUGGCGCUGAGUGUAGUCAUCUGUACCACACACACAUUUUUCAUUUCGCUUAGUAGAAGAAGACAAGGUUCACGCGCUUUGGAGCAGUGAAAUGAGCAGGCCAUACCCGGACUCCAGCCCAUAUCCUACUGACCCAGCGGCAUGGGACCCGGAGAACAAAUUCAGUGCCAAUAUCGCACUUCCACCUUAUCAGGAGCCAUCUGCUGGGGGCUUCGGCGGGGUAAAUCAAACAGGUUACCCUACAGUAGCGCAGCAGAAUGUUUACCCUUUAGUGCCAGGACAGUAUGGUACGAACCCGAUUGGCCAUCCGGCAGCGGUCACCGUUCAACCAGGUGUUUGCAUAACUCAAGUCCCGCCUGCCCACCCGGAGCAUGACUACUUGGGGUACUCCAUCUUCACCAUGCUUUGCUGUUGUCUUCCAAUCGGAAUUGCCGCUCUCAUCUAUUCCAUAAAGACCCAAGAUGCCAACAAAGCUGGGAACCUGGACCUGGCAAGAAAACACUCCCGAACUGCCCGCGUUCUGAAUCAUACUGCCCUGGGCAUCGGCAUCUGCAUCCUCGUUAUUUGGAUCGGCACUGUGAUUGCAAGAAAUGUUAUACAUUGAGUUUUCUGCCUUGUAAGUCAUCGUUGCUCUGCUGAUGAACUGAUGAUAAAAAAAUUCUACUGCAAGAAUAUUUCGUAGUGCUUUAGUUUUGUUUCCAAAAAAAAGGCCUUCUGUAACAUGUAUGGAGUAUAUAAAUCAAAAGAAAUUCUGAUUCAAAUGCUUUCAAUGUAAUUUUAUAAAAAAUAUUGAUUUACCUAAUGCCCAAACUUGAACUAGAUGGUUUAAAGUAAUUAUUUCAAUUCUUGCAGAUAUUUGCUGGAAUUUCAAGCAACAAAAUCAUUGUGCUCCUGUGUAGCUCUGCGUAUCCACCUUUAGUUGAUAUGAGGUUUCACCAGGAAUUAAUACUGUAUAGAGAGCGAUAAUGGCUUCAGGCACACAGAAGUAUAGGAUGGGUAGCCCCCGUGAGAGCAAGUGCAUGUCUAAUUGAAAGUGUAGCUAUUGACAUUCUACAUUACAAAAGGGACAAGAAUAAAAUGCACAUCCCAUCCCCUGUCAGGUGGAAUCUCAUGAGUUGUAAAUGCAUGUCCAGUGCUGUCCUGUUGUGGUGAAACGGCACCUUCCUUCAGAUCUGUCUUUGGGGAAUUUCACUUUGAUUUUAUAACAAACUUCAGAUGAAUGUAUUGCUGAUAUGCCUGCUACCUUAUUAAACGUAAAUGUUGUAUUAUGCAAACUAUUUGGUCUGAAUGCUUUUUUGUGAAUUCUACAGAGUCAAGUAUAAUGUACACAUUCCGUUUAUUGCGUUAUAGCUUUAAAGGUGUCGUUUACCGUCUUUAAUAGGUUUGUUUAGUAAAACACUAAUCAGGGCUCAUAUUGAAACCCCACACUUACAGUAUGUCUGUUGCUUUGAUUAAUAAUCUGUUGUUCUUUCUCCAAAAUGUGUAUUUUCCAAGAGACUCAAAAAACUGAAAAUCUAAUGAUCUACUAUGUUUUUAACAGCAUAUUGAGGGUUGCCAUUGUAUUUUCCAAAAUUGUUCUUUCCUUCAAUGAGAAAAAUAACCUUCUUACAUGGCCUACUUUUAUGAUGUGGUCUUUGGCCUUUUACUUUCAUACUCACUAGGGGUUGGAUUAAGCAGCCUCAUUUCCUUAAAUUAGAAAUACAUCGCCACACUGCAACACAAUAGUCUCAUCAUUUUCAGGUUAAACGCAUGCACUGGAAGUCACACAUUAAUAUAUCAUGAGAGAACAAUACAGAAUGUCACUUCAUUUUGGGCUGUAGAAAUAAUUUAUGAAGAAAACAAAAACAUGCAAAUACUCAAAGAACAUUGUGCUCAUAGAAGGAGUGAGGUUUAUUUAAAAUGCAUUCAAGAUAAGGGCGGUUCAACUUAACAAUAUUAAGGUAUAUCGAUUUUCACAAGCAGCAGAUAUAAAAAUGGUUUGUUUCAUCGAUAGUGGCCUGGGAGGUGUGAUAAUGAAGGGACUUGUACCUUUAAACAAUGACAAAUCAUUGCACAAUGUUAAAGACUUUUAGUUGCAAUCAGAAAUAUUCAACCCCUUCACCUCAAAAGACAUUAUAGUGAUAUGAAUCAAGAUUAAUGAAAUUUUAUGACAAAAAUCCUCAUUAAACAAUAAAAUUAAGUUAUUUUGAGAGCAUAAAUUCUCUUAAGUUUGAGUUCAAGUGAGAAAUGUAACUCUAUUCAUAAAUAUUCGUGUGCACUUUUAUUCAACAGCCAGCUUCAGUACUUUGCAGAGCAUCCUCUAGUCUUUAUAACUUCUAAUAAUCAUUUUCCAUAAGUGCUGUCAAGCUUCUUGCAUCUCUCUGUUGGAGUCUUCGCCCAUUCAUCACAUUCAAAAGCCUCUAGCUCAUUGAUAUUCAAUGGUGUCCAUGCUACAACUGCCUUCUUUAAAUCCCACCAAAGAUUUUCAAUGGGAUUUAAGUCUGGGGACUGAGAAGGCCACUCAAAGGGCAUUACAGGAUCAAUUUCUUAACCAAACUUUGGUUAACUUUAAUGUGCGCUUUGGAUUAUUGUCUCACUGGAAAGUCCAAUGAUCUCUACGAUUCAAUUUGUGAACAAAACGCAUCACAUUCCUCUUUAAAAUGGCCAGUUAUUUCAAGAAAUCCAUGAUGCCAGUUACACAGUCAAGAUUUCCAGUUUCUGCAGCAGAAAAAUAUCCCCACAUCAUCAAUGACCAACCUCCAUACUUGACUGUGGGGAUGGUAUUCUUUUGGUGAUAAGCCUGAACUACCGCUGGUCCUUGUGUCUAAACAGUUUCAGUUUAGUUUCAUCAGUCCAUUGAACCGUUACCCAAAACUCUGUAGGCCUGUCCACAUUUCUCCUGGUAUAUACUAGUCGACCUUUGAUAGUCUUUGUGGUCAAGAGUGGAGUGCAUCUUGGAGUGCAGCCAUGAAGUCUUUGUUUAUUCAGUGCUCAUAUUACAGUUGCUAAUAAAACGCUGUGGGUGUUUUGCAGUUUUCUUAGUUGUUCUGACUAAGCUUUUAAGGGCUCUUGAUGAUCCUUUAGGCUUUCUCCCUCAGCCAGACAGGUUUGCAGAUGUGCCAUAAGUUUUAAACGUCCCUAUACUGCCUCCAGUGGUGCCUCUAGGAAUGUUCAAGUUUUGGGGGAUCUUCUAAUACUCAAAACUUUUUGUUUUUUGUUUUUUGUUUUUUCUGUCCCCCCUGGCCAUUGAACCUUACU